AUGUCAGCGGUCGAUGAAGAAAAAACGUUCGUUAUGAAGCACGUUUUCAAGAAUGUGUCGAGUUAUGAGAGAAAGUGUAUAGACGAAGCGAAAACCACUGCGGAAAUUCGUGAAUUGGCUCCAGAGAAUGCUGGUGAUCCUGAGCCAAAACUUCCAAAGCUCCUAAUAACCUGCAAAAUGAACGUCGAUUUCGACGAGAAUUCCAAUGACAGCUCUUUCGAGCCAUCCGCCGUUAAACGACAAAAAACCGAAGAUGACACGUUUCCAGAAGAUUCUGACGAUGAGGAGCGACGAGCCGAGAUGAGCGGCGCUAAAAAUUUUCCAAACGGGUUGUGGAGCCGUUUGAAGAACCCACGUGGCGAUGAGCCAACAAUCGAUAUCUGGGAGUUCAAAAUGGACGCCGACGCAGUCACAAUGACAUUCACAUGUGAUGGCGAAAAAUUUAAGAUAGACUACGAAAUCCGGCAAAACUUCUGGAUUCCACGUCACAACACCAUGUACGGACCGCUUAGGGCUCGACUGUUAUCACUGCCGAAAAAUGUGACAAUUGAUAAAUUAGUGAUUUAUAACUCUCCAGAAUGCGAAGUCGAAGACUGUCUUAUCGAGUUGAUGUUCAUGAAGUCGUGGUCCUGCAGAGAACUAGAAUACAUCAUUUGCCGAGACUUCCAGCAUCCUUAUCACCUUCGAAAACUCGUGAAGAUGUUCAAACCGUCCGAGAUUACGGUAGCCUUGAGAUACGGACCGUUUCAUGAUGGAGAUAAUCGAAGGAAUCCACGUGGCGGAUCUCAUAAUCACUUAUCAGCUAGCUAUGAUUUCACUUGUGAACUGGGAAAAGAUUUUCAGUGGGAUUGUGAUCAGGCGGUUAAAGGAGAAAAAUGUGAUUAA